UCAAUUAUUUUGGUUGCGUUCUUUUGAGAGCACUAUUUACGACUUUAUCAAAAUGGACGACCUAGACGGUCAGCCGGAUAUAUGUCGAGUGUGCCGAUGUGAAGGAACUUCUGAUAAGCCUUUGUAUUAUCCCUGUGUGUGCACCGGCAGCAUUAAAUAUGUACACCAAGACUGCCUUGUACAGUGGCUCAAGUAUAGCCGCAAGGAGUACUGUGAAUUGUGCAAGCACAGGUAUUCAUUUACUCCAAUUUACUCACCAGAUAUGCCGAAACGUCUGCCUAUUAAAGACAUCGUGAGUGGACUUGUAACCAGUAUGGCUAGAGCUGUGCGCUACUGGUUCCAUUAUACACUUGUUGCCUUUGCUUGGCUGGGUGUGGUUCCACUCACAGCAUGUCGAAUAUAUAGAUGUCUUUUCACUGGAUCUGUCAGUUCUUUGUUAACCCUGCCACUGGACAUGCUGUCAACGGAGAAUCUAGCCUCAGACUGCUUUCAAGGCUGUUUUGUUGUCACCUGCACUUUGUGUGCUUUCAUCAGUCUGGUGUGGUUGCGAGAACAAAUCCUUCAUGGUGGGGGACCUGACUGGCUUGAGCAAGAUAACCAGCAGGCUAAUCAUGGAAGGAACCUCUUGGAUGGUGGAGCCAUGAACAAUCUUAUAGGUGGCUUAGCAGGAGGUGGUCACAGAGCUGCAGCUAACGUACAGCCAAAUGUUGCUGAAGGGCCAGUUGUGGCUGCUGAGGAAGAGGCAGAGGCAGGAGAUUUGGAGAAUGAUGCUAUGAUGGAUGGUGCUAAUAAUGGCAACAACGCUGCACAAGAUGAUAACAAUUGGAACCCAAUAGAAUGGGACAGAGCAGCAGAGGAGUUAACCUGGGAAAGGUUGCUGGGGCUGGAUGGAUCGCUGGUCUUUCUUGAACAUGUUUUUUGGGUUGUUUCCUUGAACACUCUUUUUAUUCUUGUGUUUGCAUUUUCACCAUAUCAUAUUGGACACUUUACUGUGGUGGGAUUAAAAAUUGAUGAGCUCAUUGCUGCAUCCCACUUUGAAGGGCUUUUGACAACCCUGGUUGGCUACUUGGUUAUAGCAGUGUCCUUCAUGACUCUUUAUCUCCUGUGUUCGUUCGCUAGAUUGAAAAAAUUCAGAAGAGUGGUGGGACUUUGCUAUGUCGUAGUCAAGGUGAAGUUGCUAGUUGUCAUGGAGAUAGGCGUGUUUCCUCUCAUCUGUGGCUGGUGGCUUGAUAUCUGCUCCCUAUCUAUGUUUGAUGCGACCUUGAAAGAUCGUAAAAACAGCUUUCAUCUGGCACCUGGUACAUCCAUGUUCAUUCACUGGCUUGUGGGAAUGGUCUAUGUAUUUUACUUCGCAUCUUUCAUCCUUUUGCUCCGUGAAGUGCUGCGACCCGGUGUUCUUUGGUUUCUGAGGAACCUGAAUGAUCCAGAGUUUAACCCCAUCCAGGAGAUGAUUCAUCUUCCUGUUCAUCGACAUAUAAGGAGAUUCGUUGCCUCAAUGAUAAUAUUUGGCAGUACAGUUUUGCUGAUGCUGUGGUUACCAGUACGUGUCAUCAGAAAAGUUCUUCCAGGUUUCCUUCCAUACCAUGUUAUGCUGUCAAGUGAUGCACCAGUCAGUGAACUUUCCCUCGAGCUUCUCCUGCUUCAGGUUGUGCUGCCAGCGUUGCUGGAACAGGGGCACACACGUCAGUGGCUGAAGCGCCUUGUAGCCGCCUGGACUGUCGGAGUUGCUUGGCUGCUAGAUCUCCGAUCCUACCUCAUUGGUGAUGUUCAGCUGAGGGAGGGGGAUAACAUCAUUCGUGUGGAGGAACAGCCGCAGGGUGGAGGAGAUGCUGGGGGCGUGAACAAUGGAGCUCCUGCCCCACAGGACCUUGGGGAUGGCUUAGGGGCUGCACACCAAGCCAUGCUGCAGGGUGGGGGUCCAGUGGGCUUCCAACCCUACAAGAGGCCCUCAUUUUUUGCUGCAAGGGUGAUAUGUCUGCUGUCACUGAUGUGUGUGACAUUAUUUGCUGCCAGCCUUCUCUCACUUCUUGUACCAGUCUUCAUUGGACGUCAGCUUAUGUCUGUGUGGAUGGGGAAUUCUCGAAUCCAUGAGUUGUAUACGGCAGCCUGUGGGCUUUACAUCUGUUGGCUGGUGCUGCGCAUUGCCACUGUCCUCUACAAUUGGAUUCCACAAGGGGGCGCUGUCAUAGCCCACAAACUGAAAGAAUGGGCAGUCCUGGCCCUAAAGUCUCUCUUUGUGGCCUUUUUGCUGAUUGGACUGGUCCCACUUCUCCUGGGUCUGCUGUUUGAGCUGGUGGUUGUAGCCCCACUACGAGUUCCUUUGGACCAGUCACCUGUGUUCUUCCCCUGGCAGGACUGGGCUCUUGGAGUGCUUCACGCCAAAAUCAUCUGUGCCAUAACAAUGAUGGGGCCACAUUGGUGGCUGAAGCGUGUGAUGGAGCAGGUCUACAAUGAUGGGUUGCGAAACAUGAACCUGUACUACAUCUUGAACAAGCUGUGCCUGCCUGUUGUAUGUGUCCUAGGCAUGAUGCUUGCAUUGCCAUACAUUAUUGCCAAAUCCUUCUUGCCUGCUCUAGGCUUCAGCUUUGAGAUUCAGAACCUUGUGCUGCGGCGAAUCUACCCCUUCCUGCUAGCUGUGCUCGUGAUGGUGUCAGUUCUAGUCUUUCAGGUGCGGCAGUUCCAGCGCCUCUACAAUCACAUUAAGGACGACAAGUAUCUAGUGGGGCAGCGGCUAGUCAACUACAUGCCAGUUACCCAGACAGUAGUAGAUGAUUCCGCCUCAUGAUCUGUUCGUUUGGAAAAUGUCACUUGUGGUGUUCAUUUGUGACCAGACACUUUGAAACAUUUGUACCAAGCUGUCUUGCUCCAGUAGUUGGAUUCUGAGUGAGACCUGCUGUUCAUGCUUCUUAGUUUUAACACUGUGAAGAUUUGGACGGCUAAGAGAGACUGCGACGUCUGUGUUAACAAUAUCUGGACAAGUUAGGUGCUUUGUGCAGGUGAUGGACUGUGUUAAUGCAUUGUUGAUUUUGUGGUGGUCAAUUUUCAUUCCUGGCAUUCAAAAAGUAUGGUGCAUUAGUUGGACAAAGGUGGUUUUUUUUCCCUUUAACAAAAUUAACUUUCCCCCCACACACACAACCUUCUUUUUGCUCAUCUGCUUUCUUGCAUCUUCUCUGCUAGCAGUCUACAUAACAAGUUCUGGUGUAUUCCCUCCCCCCUCCCAAAAAAAGACAAAAGGAAUGCACCACUUAAACGGGAAAUGUAAAUAUGAAUGACAACUUACCUGGCUUUGUGCUCUAUUAUCAAACCUGCAUACAAUUUUAUGCAUCACUCAGAAACUUGAUUAUUGGUUGCAUGUGAAAUGAGUAGGCCCGUUAAGAUUGGCAUUCUUUGUUCCACAAUUGUUUAUCAAGGGCCUGUUUCAAGUGCUACAUUGAAAAAAAACAUUUAAAUGUCUUCUAUUUUUAUGAUCUUCAUAUCUUUUCUUUCUCAAACCCUCCGCUUCCAGUAUGAAGAAAAUGGCAGAAAACCCUGGCUACCAUUUUACCUAAAGAGAUGUUGCACAAUUUCUCACCACAAAUUUAGCCAGACCCAUUGAAGUGCUCUUGAUCAGCAAAAUUAAAGUGGAUAGGAAUAGAGUUUUGUGAAACUUUUAAAUUACACCAGGAUCUUUAUCCAAACUAACUGGCCCAAUAAAUGGUUGGAUGACUAAUAGCAUGAGAAGGGUAAAACUGUCUUGUUGAUAUAUAUAGUAAUGUUGGCUCAUAAAUUCGAAGUCAUAAGGUAAAGAACUUUAUAUGUGUGUGUUGUCUUCCUGAUUUAUUGGUCUUCACUACAAGGUCUCUUUAUCACCACAGCAGUUGGGUUGUUAUGCUUUGUAUACAGAUGCUGCUUUGAGUGCCUUGAUCCAUUCUGUGCGGCUUACUAGGUCCAGUCUUGACCUUGUAUUGUCACGCGAGGUGGGAAAGACGUACUACCCAUGUCGGGUUGCACAUGAUAGUUCUGAUUGCCAUUAACAACAUUUGUAGCAUGUUACCUUCAUUUGGUUUUACCAGUCCUCAGGAGUUUUAAUUUUUAAAAUAUAGAUCAUUAUUCUUAAAGCAGAUUUUCUUAUUCAAAACUUGGUUUUGCAUUCUUUAAUCAUUUUCUAUUCCUUUGCCACUGAGAGUCACUAAACUGACAUCAUACACCAGUCCCCAAUUACUCCUCUUUUUUUAUUUGGUCCCAGUAGAUUUUUGGCUGUUCCUCGUUUUUGAUAUGGGAUAUGUACAGUUAUUUAUAACUGCUCACUUUAAGAGGCAACAAAAGAUACAAAUCAAGUAUUAAUAGAAGUCACAAACAUAAGUUGCAUGAAUUUAUAAACCAGAUUACACUAUCCAGUAAGUUGACCUGUUGCUAUAUAAUUUACCUAAAAGGAAUUAUCAAUGCAUUGAUGUUUAUGUCA